AUGGAGCAGCCUUUAUCGUUGAAGCAGGACAGCCUCCAUGUCGAUUUGCACCGAGUCUUUCUGUCGCGUCAGGAUGGUCGUUGCAGUCGAGAUCCCGCUCGCUGUCACUCGGUUCUGAUUCAGCCAUUGCAGUAUGUAUCGCGAGCUGUCCACGGGUCUCACCGCUGCCAUAAGCUGGCUCGUCAAUGGAUUCGCACUUGCACGUACCUGAAAGGAACGAUCUCGAUCGAAACCUCAAGCAUCAUCCAGCAGCAGCGAAUGGAUCCGCAACUGGAUACAGACGUAACAGCACCGAAGCACAUCAAAAUGACCAACGUCGCAGCACUAGCGAGCCCGCUGUCAACGUGCGAGUCCCCUUCUCUUCUCACAUCUACUUAA